AGCAGAUAAGGUACAAUGGGCGCAACGCAGAACAGGAGCAGCAGCUCCAAAGAGUGCUAUGACAGGCUCCAUUUUCGAUGAACUCAUGUCCAAGAUCAGUAUUCCAACAGAGAAUGUAAGCCAAGAAGAAUUGGAGGAGGUUGGAGAGGCCUUUAUGGGUUUGAAAUACAAGAGACUGACACCCUCCAUAUUGCGAUAUAUCCAUUUGCGCUUUGGCAAUGUUGAAUGUGGAGUGUGUGGGAAGCUCUUUCCAAAGGUCGGACUGUGUAAAGAUCAUACUAAGAAGCAUACAAAGAUGAAGGAAUUCAAAUGCACCAAGUGUGACUUUCAAGGAGCCAAUAAGAAGGCUAUUGAGAGGCAUUUGGCCAAGAUCCACAAUGAAGGUGAAUCGUUCCACUGUCCUACGUGCGAUACUAGCAUUAUAGGUGGAGACAUGUACAGGCAUCACAUGAGGAGACAUGCUAAAGAAAACAAGGGACCUUACACAUGCACAUGGUGUAACACUGUUGAAGAAAAAGGGGAGGAUAUGAAGAAUCAUAUCAUGAACACACAUCCUAUGAUGCCAUUAGCUGAGAGUACAAAAAUAAUGGGACAAGGAGUUGUCAUCCAUAGAGAGAAGGGAGCCCCCUUUUUGGUAUGUGAGGUCUGUAAUGAAACCUUCCGCCGCAUCUGUGAUCUUCGCCGUCACAUGUGGAAGCACUCCUCCGUGAAGCGCUUCACCUGUGAUCUCUGUGACUAUGGCUCUGACAAGCGUGGGAACAUCCUAUCCCACAUGAGGAGGCACUCCACUGAGAAGCAAGCAACCUGUCACGUCUGUGGGAAGAUGUACAAGACCAUGCAGAGUCUGAAGCUUCAUGUCCGAAGUGCCCAUCUCAAGUUGAAGCCGUUCAAAUGCGAACAGUGUGAUUACGCUGCAGCUCAGCCAGUCCAUCUACGCAGGCACGUCGUCCUCCAUCACACCACCGGAGAGCGUCGUCGGUUCCGUUGCGCCAUCUGCCCAGACUACAAGGCGACCGACCUACAGGUCGUGAAGCGGCACUACAAGAAGAAGCAUCCCAAGGAGAAGAUGAACAUCUCUAAGUGCUGUCCACUCGAUGCCCAAAACCCCUCCAUGAUGAAGAAGGACAAGCACCAGGUUAUCCAGGUGGUGCCGUCUCUACCGACCCAGACUGAGACACCCGCUAAUCCAGAGACACCAGCACCAUCUGACGUGACCCAGGAGAUGGACCAAGAGCAGAUGAACCAGUCUCAGGACAUGGAGUCAGCCAUAGUUGAGGUACAUACUGAGCAGCAACAGCAGCAGAUCUCGCAGGACAUGACAGUUGAGGUACAUACUGAGCAGCAACAGCAGCAGAUCUCGCAGGACAUGACAGUUGAGAUACAUACAGAUCAGCAACAACAGCAGAUUUCUCAGGACAUGACAGUUGAGGUAGUUCUCCCUGAGGAUCAGAGCCAGCUAAUUGAUAUCAACUCGGCUCUUCCAGAUGUCAUCAAUGCUCUAGCUGCGCUUCAAGAUUCUGAGAUUAACAUGACGAUUUCUAGACCAACAACAGACUGAUGAAAGUUUGGGUGGGUAUAGGUAGACGCGUACGCAGGGGGGGGGGGGGGGG